UCUAUUUAUACUAUAUUAUACUCAUAUGGAUGACGUUUUUUUUUCUAUUAAUAUAAACAAUUUUUUUGAAAAUAUAACUUACGUGAUAGAAAUUUCUAACUCUCAUUUGUAUACAAUUUAAUUACAUUUGUUUUUGAAAUUGUUAUCAUGGAUGUUAAAAUGAUUGAAGUCACUAUAUUUUUAAUGAUAAUACAAGGAUAUCGUGCAAUUAUUUAUCCAACCGAUUACGCAUCUACGUUAUACGAAGACCCAACGCAAGUAACAUUCGACUUUAUAGUGGUUGGAGGAGGAAGUGCUGGAGCAACAGUAGCUGCUCGUUUAAGCGAAAUACCCGAAUGGAAUGUCUUACUAUUGGAAGCUGGAGGUGAUCCACCAGAACUAACUGAAAAUCCACUUUUAUGGACCCAUAAUCUAAGGACGCAAUGUGAUUGGUCUUUUUUUUCGGAAAAGAACCCUUCACUUUUUAAAGGAAUGGAACAAGAGAGGUGCAUUAUAUCUAGGGGUUUUAUGUUAGGUGGAUCGUCUUCAAUUAAUGCAAUGGUGUACUUGCGUGGUACUGUAAAUGAUUUUAGUCAAUGGAAAAAUAAGUAUGGUUGUCAUGGAUGGGGCUAUGAAGAUGUUUUACCAUAUUUUAAAAAAUCAGAAGAUUUUGUAGAUACGUGUAGAUAUAAUCCGGAAAUUCAUUUACAAGGUGGACCACUAACUGUGACACCAUUUGACACAUUUGAUCCAGCUUACAAGAUAAUUACUGAUUCACAGGAAUUAAUUAAUGUAAUUAAAUUGGAUGAUUUGAAUAUAAUAAAACCUGCCGUCGGUUAUGGCAAUUUUGAUUCAACCACUCGUAAUGGCCGUCGAUGUAGUACAUUGAAAGCGUUUUUAAUACCAUCAAGUAGUCGUCCAAAUUUGUAUGUAGCUAAAAAUACUAUUGUUACUAAGGUUUUAAUUAAAGAUGAUGUAGCAGUGGGGGUAGAAUUCAAAUGUUCAUCAGAUGAAUUUAAAUCAGUAUAUUGUACAAAAGAAGUGGUAAUAUGUGCUGGACCUAUAAAAAGUCCACAGCUUCUUAUGCUUUCUGGAAUCGGACCAAAAGAACAUUUAAAUGAUCACGGUAUCCCUAUCAUUAAAGACCUACCGGUAGGUUUUAACUUGCAGGAUCAUAUGUCAGUUCCAGCAUUAGUAUUUACAGAUCGUAAAUGUAGACCAAUGGAGGACAUAAUAAACGAAAGUGGUGAUUUGUUGAAAAAAGAAAUGAGCCUAUAUUCAAAAAAUAUAGCAACACUCGGUUUAACUAACCUUAUGACAUUUUAUAAAUCAAAUGACGAUUUAGUGUAUCCUGAUGUACAAAUUAUAAAUUUCAGAAUUCCGUUUAACACAACAAAUACUCUUCCAAACAAAAUAAAUAUAUUUACAAACAUGUUUGGAUACGCCAAAGAAGUAACAAAUAUAUACGACGAAUUAAACUUAUUAAGUGACCUUAUAGUUAUGACACCAGUUAUUUUACAGCCGUUAAGUACUGGCAGAGUUAUGUUGAACUCGAUCAAUCCAUCAGACAAACCUAAAAUAUUUUUAAAUUAUUUAUCUUGUGAUGAAGAAAUAGAAACCCUAUUAAAAGGCAUUGAAUUUAUUGUAAAAUUAUCUAAAACUAAAAGUAUGAUAGAUGCUGGGUUUGUAUUAGAGGAGUUGAAAUUAUCGAAUUGUGCUGAUCAUAUUUGGGACACUAGAGAUUAUUGGAUUUGUGUCAUUCAGAACUUAGCAGCCCCUUUUUACCACGUUGUCGGUACCUGUAGAAUGGGUUCAGAAGACGAUUCCUAUUCUGUUGUUGAUCCUAAAUUAAGAGUGAAAGGAAUCACCGGGAUGCGGGUAAUUGAUAGUUCAGUUAUGCCAAAAAUUGUUUCUGCAAACACAAACGCAGCUUCAAUAAUGAUUGGGGAAAAAGGAAGUGAUAUAAUCAAAGAAUGUUAUGGAAUGCUAUGAUGAAUUAUUGUGACUUAUAAAUAGAAAAAUUUACAAUUAUUGUAAUUGAAUGUAUCUACCUAUUAAAAUAUGAAAAUAAUCAUUAUUUUUUAUCAUAUUAUAUAUAAGUACAAUUUAUUUACAAUAAUAUAUAAAUUUAUUUUAAUUA